CCCUAUUUUCUCCUUCAUUUCUCUAUCUAAUUAAUACAUUUGGCCCUCUCUCUGUGUUCCUCUGUUUCUUUCACUGCUCAAACAAGAACCUUUAUCUCUCUCUGUUUGUCUUAGUUUCCGUCACCGUUAACUACACUCCAAAGCCACUGGUUCUACAAUUUCAACCUCUGUUUACCCGCCGGCCGUUGACGGCGUUACACCACCUGGGACCCCAGUUUAGUAUCUCGCCAAUGAUGGUUCAUUGAGCCCCGUAUUUCAUCAGAACUGGCUAGAAAAGACUGGGAUAGGAGACACUGUUUUUCAUGACCUACAGAUAACUGUUUGUAUACACAGAUGAAGAAGCUAUUCUUUUUCAGAUCUUCUUCCUCCAACAAUGGAAACAACAAUAAUGGUUCUCUGCCAUCAACUGAUAAACAAGUUUAUUGGGAUAUCCCAUUGGAGACUGGGUUGAACAGUCAUGGAGGUGAUAAGGCUGACAACAGCUUACGGAGUCCCAAGGGCUUGUUCUCAAAGUCUCGAAAGCAAGUUUAUGAUAAUCCUACUAGCUCCAGCACGAGUUCAUAUCUUAGAAGGAGCCGCUCAAUGUCAUCAGCUGGCUUUCUUGUUGAUGGACUGGAGCAAAGAGAUUUUUCUUGCAUAGAUGAUCAAAGUAGAUCUCCUUCUAGUAGCAUUAACAGUGCUGCUCAUCAGCGAUGUGAUCAUCAAUCUCGGAGGCGGGCUAUUACACCUGAGAGGCAAGCCAAAGCAAAGCGGUUUGAAUCAACAACUAUUCAAAAUGCAUAUGGACAAGACAGAUCUGGUUCUUCCGGUUCUUCUAAAUCUCAUCAUGAUUCAUCAGGAAGUUCUACUUCUAGUAAUAUCUCAAGCAAAGUUUUGGACCGCUACAUUGAUGGAGAGCAUCAGCAAGAGAGAAGUAAGCCCAAAAACACUGCUCUCCAAAGAAAUUUUGCUGCGAAUAGAAAUGCUGGAGGAAAGCUUCCGCCACGAGUUCAAUAUACAGCUCCUGCGUCACCAACAGAUGGUAUCAAUGAUAAACACAGGUCUCAGUCAUUUAGGGAAGCUAAAGGUCCCCGCCUUCAUUUUUCUUCCAGAGAUUGGGUGGAGAAUGGAUUUGGUCAUGAAUCUCCAAGGAGACUUGCAAAAAAUGUCAUUGAGAGACUCUCCCAAACUCAUUCUUUUCGUAAAUCAAGUUUGAAGGAGUUUAACCAUGAUAUCCCAAUCACGAUUGAAGAUAUCUAUGCUGGAUCCAUGAAUAAAUGUGUUGAUUCAAACAUCGAUAUUCCUUUCCAAAAAAGUUACUCACCGGAGGAACCUUAUGAAACCAUUAAUAGUUACAAUGGAGAUGAUUUUGUAGGCUCUCAGAAUAAAACCGGUUUACUUGGGAACAAUUUUGGGGAUAUGAACUCUGUUCAAACAGAAGAUGCUGGAGAUGUGGAAUUACAGAGAAGAUCUAAGGAAGCUGAGCAGAGGGUCUUGCUUCUGUCUGAGGAACUUGACCAAGAAUGCUUUCUAGAUGGCGGGUUUGAUAUACCAUCCUUAAUUCAGAAUAUUAGAAACAUAACAGAGGAUAGGCUAAGCUUGGCCAUUGAGGUUUCAAGUCUUUUAAACAGCAGAAUUUCUGAGAGAGAUGCUUCCAGGGAAGAACUUAGAUUGGCAAAGGCAGAAUUGGAGUCUCAGACCCGAAGACUAGAGAAGGAGAAGAGUGAAUUGCAGUCUGCAUUGGAAAAAGAGUUAGACAGAAGGUCGAGUGACUGGUCAUUGAAGCUUGAAAAGUACCAGUUAGAAGAGCAUAGGCUUCGUGAGCGUGUUAGAGAACUUGCAGAGCAGAAUGUCUCCCUUCAGAGAGAAGUCUCUUCUUUUAGUGAGAGGGAAGCAGAAAGCAGAAGUGUGAUUACAUAUUCAGAGCAACAGCUUAAACACCUGACCUCAAAGUUGGAAGAGGUGAGCAAGGAGAAGCAUGAACUAAUAGAAAAUCUUUCUGAGUUACAAGAUAAGUAUAAAGUGGCAGAAGAAGAUCUUAAUUGCAUCAAACGGAAUUUUGAAGAGAAGGACAAGGAGUGCAAAGAGUUGCAGAAGUCUACUGCUAGAUUGUUAAGAACUUGCAAAGAACAAGAGAAGACAGUUGAGGGUUUGCGUGAAGCAUAUAGUGAGGAAAUUGAGAAGAAGCUGUCAUUGGAGGAGUUUGACAAGCGUGUGACAAAAAUGCAAAUGGAGCAAAUGAGGUUGACAGGGGCAGAAUUGGCUUUGAGAAGGCAGGCAGAAUCUCAUAGGAUUGAAAUUGAUUCUCUUCGACAUGAGAAUAUUGGCUUAUUGAAUCGCUUAAAGUGCAAUGGGGAAGAGAUUGGUGCUUUAACAUACAAACUAGAUAAAGAAAUGUGGACCCGUAUAUGCUGCUUACAAAAUCAAGGGCUAUCAAUGCUAAAGGAGAGCACACAGCUAUGCUCCAGGUUAUUGGAAUUCAUCAAAGGGAAAGCAGGCCAUAUUCCAGAAACUAAGCAGGAUAUAGAACUUAUAAGAAAUGGUUUAGAUGGGCAGUUUGUUGUUGAAGCUGAUGUAAGAGUUCAAGGCUUUAAGCGCGGAACUGAGAACCUAAUGAGGAGUUUGCAGACGAUAUCUUCUUUGCUGCAGGAGAAGUCCAGUUCAGUUGCGUCAAAAUUUGAGUUGCCAUGCACUAAUGCUGAUGGUUCUGCAAAACUAAAUCAUCAAACUUCAGAGGAAACCUUAAAAGCCGAGCUCAAAGCAGAAACUUUGCUUACAAGUCUGUUAAGAGAGAAACUGUAUACUAAAGAGAUGGAGGUUGAGCAGUUACAGGCAGAACUGGCAGCAGCAGUGAGAGGUAAUGAAAUCCUCAAAUGUGAAGUCCAGAAUGCAAUGGACAAACUUUCCUGUGUCAGCCAUGAGUUGAAAGACUUUGAACUUCAGAUGCGGAAGAAGGAUGAGAAUAUGAGUCGGCUUCAAAAUGACCUCCAAGAAUCAAUGAAGGAGCUAACAAUAGUAAGGGGUAUUCUACCCAAAGUUUCAGAGGAGAGAGAUAUGAUGUGGGAGGAAGUGAAGCAAUACAAUGAGAAAAAUAUGCUUUUGAAUUCAGAGGUUAGCAUCUUGAAGAAGAAGAUAGAGGCCCUUGAUGAAGACGUACUUCUCAAAGAAGGUCAAAUUACAAUCCUAAAAGACACUAUAGGCACCAAACCUUUUGACCUCCUUGCCAGUCCUGAUUAUGCGCAAGAAUUCUUGAUAAAAUGAUUUAUAGGGUGCUGGCCUUUUUUGUAGGAUGUGUAAACACUGUUUAUAGUCCUAUACUUUCAAAUUUAUGUCAACCCUUUUUUUUCCCUUUCUCAUAGUGGGGGUCUUCGAUGGUGAGAUGGUAUAAAAGCCUUAAAUACCGUUAUUCUUUUGUAUAAUGCUGGCUUUCAUAAUUGUUUGUAGUUGGUUUUCUGUUAUCUAAUUAAAGCUAUAAUCGAUCUUUGCCAUCUUUUCAGUGAA